CCUCUCCAGUGUCUGAGCUGCUCAGAUGACUCCUGUUCAUCGCCAGUCUCAGUGCCCUGCUCCGCCGAGACCAUGUGUAUAACAGCCACCAUUAUAGAUGCUGGAGUUGGACAAGCUGGAAUCCAGAGAUUCUUCAGAGGCUGCGCAACGUCCUCCGUGUGUCCAACCACAGGAGAGCGGACAUUUUCAAUGGAUUCAGGCUCAGCCAGUGUUCUGGCAUCUGCCAGAUGUUGUGAUACAGAUGACUGUAAUGUGGAGAAUCUUCCUGCUCCAGAUGAACAGACAGACAAUGGUGGAACAUGUUUCAUAUGUCUUCCUGGUCAAAGUGAAUGUCAGUCAACAUCAUUCUGUGAAGGAGUGGAGGAUCAAUGCUUUGAAGGAGAUGAAUCAAGUGGUUCUGGGAGUAAUCCAUCUUUUGGUUGCAUAUCUCAAACUGUGUGUGACGCUGCUCCAGACCUGGGGGAUUUCACACUGCUGGAAAAUAUUGGACCCUUCACCAGCGGACCAAUCUGUUGUCAAGGAGACAACUGUAAUGAUGGCACCAUAUCCACGAGAACAACGACAGCUGCUCCAACUACAACUCCUCAACCAACCACAACUCCUGCACCAACAACAACUCCUCAACCAACCACAACUCCUGCACCAACAACAACUCCUCAACCAACCACAACUCCUGCCCCAACAACAACUCCUCAACCAACCACAACUCCUGCCCCAACAACAACUAAUGCACCAACAACAACUCCUCAACCAACCCCAACUGAAACUACAUUAUCAACCACAACCCCUGCUCCUCUCCAGUGUCUGAGCUGCUCAGAUGACUCCUGUUCAUCGCCAGUCUCAGUGCCCUGCUCCGCCGAGACCAUGUGUAUAACAGCCACCAUUAUAGAUGCUGGAGUUGCACAAGCUGGAAUCCAGAGAUUCUUCAGAGGCUGCGCAACGUCCUCCGUGUGUCCAACCAUAGGAGAGCGGACAUUUUCAAUGGAUUCAGGCUCAGCCAGUGUUCUGGCAUCUGCCAGAUGUUGUGAUACAGAUGACUGUAAUGUGGAGAAUCUUCCUGCUCCAGAUGAACAGACAGACAAUGGUGGAACAUGUUUCAUAUGUCUUCCUGGUCAAAGUGAAUGUCGGUCAACAUCAUUCUGUGAAGGAGUGGAGGAUCAAUGCUUUGAAGGAGAUGGAGCUGAGGCGGGUGACAGCGGAGGAGGGGGAGGCAGAAGGGGAGACCUUGAGGUAGAGCUGUGCGUCGUCAGCAUAGCAAUAGAAGUUAAUUCCAUGCUUGCUGGCGACACAUCCGAGGGAAAGCAUGUAGAUGGUGAAGAGGAUGGGGCCGAGCACCAAGCCCUGGGGGACCCCACAGGUGACAGUGUGGGGGCGGGACUUAGCGUCCCCCAGGACCACGUGCUCAGUCCUUUCCAUGAGGUAGGAAUGAAACCAGUGAAGGGCUGUGUCGGAGAGGCCAAUAUGGUGCUGGAGGCGGUGCAGGAGAAUUUGGUGGUCGAUGGUAUCGAACGCAGCAGAGAGGUCGAGGAGAAUAAGGAGGGAUGUGGAACCUGA